CUUUGGCUUAUGCUUCAUCAACUCCUCUGCUAAAUGGCCUUCCUCUUCCUUCAACCGUCUUCCUCUCUCUAUACACUUCCUUGUCUUUCCUCCUCCUACAAUCCUAUGCGCAAUAAACUCUCUCUCUCUUUCUCUCUCCACCGCUUUUUUUCCCUUGGACAUCAAAUUCAUCCUAAAAAAAUUCAAGCCGCAAAAUUAUUACCCUUUUCUCCUGAGAUUUUCCCAUAUUUACGAAGACCCAUCUCAACUUACAAAGUUGGCAGUAUGGCGGAUCAGUCCUCAAGUUCUGCUUCCUCUCACAAACACACUAAUCGUCUUGCUUCUGAGCAUAGUCCAUACCUUCUUCAGCACGCUCAUAAUCCUGUAAAUUGGUAUCCUUGGGGUGACGAAGCAUUCCAGGAAGCUAGAAGAAGGGAUGUUCCCAUUUUCUUAUCAAUUGGUUACAGUACCUGCCACUGGUGUCAUGUGAUGGAAGUGGAGUCCUUUGAGAGUGAAGAGGUGGCAAAGCUGCUAAAUGAUUGGUUUGUUAGUAUCAAGGUUGACAGGGAGGAAAGGCCAGAUGUUGACAAGGUAUACAUGACAUAUGUUCAAGCACUAUAUGGUGGCGGAGGUUGGCCAUUGAGUGCCUUCCUUUCACCAGAUUUAAAGCCACUAAUGGGUGGUACAUAUUUCCCACCAGAUGACAACUAUGGGAGACCUGGGUUUAAAACUGUGCUUAGAAAAGUCAAAGAAGCUUGGGAGAGUAAGAGGGAUGUGCUUAUAAAAAGUGGAUCAUUUGCUAUUGAACAAUUAUCAGAAGCUUUAUCUACCAAAGCUAGAUUGGAUAAGCUACCAGAUGGUCUACCUGAAGAAGCAUUGAAUCUGUGUGCAGAGCAACUUACUGGAACUUAUGAUUCAGUGAAUGGUGGGUUUGGCUCUGCUCCAAAAUUUCCAAGACCUGUAGAGACCCAACUGAUGCUUUAUCAUUCCAAAAAGAUGAGGGAUUUUGGAAAAGGUGCUCGAGCUGAUGAUGGUAGUCAAAUGGUAUAUUUUACCUUGCAAUGUAUGGCUAAGGGAGGCAUCCAUGACCAUGUAGGAGGUGGAUUUCACAGAUAUAGCGUGGAUGAGUAUUGGCAUGUUCCACAUUUUGAGAAAAUGUUGUACGACCAAGGGCAAUUAGUUAAUGUUUAUCUGGAUGCAUUUGCAAUCACAAGAGACUUGCAGUACUCAAAUGUUGCGAGGGAUGUUCUUGAUUACUUAAGGAGAGACAUGAUAGGGCAAGAAGGAGAGAUUUUCUCUGCAGAGGAUGCUGACAGUGCAGAGACAGAAGGUGCAGCAAGGAAAAGAGAAGGGGCUUUCUAUGUUUGGUCCACCGAGGAGAUUGAGGACAUCCUUGGAGAGCUUGCUACCCUAUUUAAGGAACAUUACUAUGUAAAAUCCACUGGGAACUGUGAUCUAUCUAGAAUGAGUGACCCACACAAUGAAUUCAGGGGCAAGAACGUGCUUAUUGAGAGGAGCAGUACUGAAGCAUUGGCUAAGAAACAAGGGAUGUCCAUUGAGAAGUAUCUUGAAACUUUAGGAAUGUGCAGGAAAAAACUAUUUGAUGUGAGAUCGAAACGACCACGACCACAUCUGGACGACAAGGUGAUAGUUUCUUGGAACGGACUCACCAUUUCCUCUUUUUCAAGAGCUUCUAAGAUUCUAAAGGCAGAAAGUGAAGGACUUGAACACUAUUUCCCAGUUGUUGGCAGUAAUCCCAGUGAAUAUAUUCAAGUGGCUGAGAAGGCGGCAUAUUUUAUAAGAAGUCAUCUAUACGAUGAAGAAAUGAAGAGACUACAGCACAGCUUCCGUAAUGGACCUUCUAAAGCCCCUGGUUUUCUAGAUGACUAUGCCUUUCUUAUAUCAGGACUGCUAGAUCUUUAUGAGUGUGGUGGUAGCAUCAAGUGGCUUGAAUGGGCAGCUGAGUUGCAAGGUACCCAGGAUGAGUUAUUCAUGGACAAGGUAGGGGGAGGCUAUUUUAAUACCCCAGGGGAAGAUCCUUCUGUUCUUUUGCGUGUAAAAGAAGAUCACGAUGGUGCUGAGCCUUCUGGCAACUCUGUUGCAGCAAUCAAUCUUGUCAGGUUGGCGUCAUUUUUUUCUCAAGCUCAAUCGGAUCAAUACAGGCAGAAUGCUGAACGACUUCUGGCAACUUUUGAAACAAGAUUGAAGGAUAUGCCAAUGGCAGUGCCUUUGAUGUGUUGUGCAGCAGACAUGCUCGCUGUUCCUUCCAGAAAACAGGUGGUUCUGGUUGGAUGCAAGACUUCAACGCAGUUUGAUAGCAUGUUGGUUGCUGCUCAUGCAGCUUAUGAUCCCAAUAAAACAGUGAUCCACAUUGAUCCAAGCGAUCCGGAGGAGAUGAAUUUCUGGGAAGCAAAGAAUACGAAGAUUGCGAGUAUGGCAAGAGGUAGCUUCUCUGAGGAUAAAGCUGUUGCUCUUGUCUGCCAAAACUUCUCCUGCAAACCCCCUGUAUCUGAUCCUGCCUCUCUUCAAGCUCUUCUUCUCAAGGCAAAUUAAAGCUAUGAGACAGAGACUUGGUUGACGGUUUCUAGUCAAGUGCCAAGGUGGUGUGUACAUAAAUGCUGCUCGGAGUAUUUUCUAGUGCCAAAACAAGUAUCAGCCUCUGUUGUUCGUCCUUAGUCUUACUUAUGCCACACAUUAAUAGGAAGUUCAUCUUCAUGUUCAUAUCUAUUAAUAAAGCUAGAAAAUUUAGCUAACGUGUCAUUCAUAAUGUUUGCUUUCAUUAUUUGUGAUAUGGAAAUGGUAGUCAUUAUAUAGAAUUCUAGUUCUGUUAGGAUUCUAUGUAAAUUAGGAAUUUAAUUUCAGUUUUAUUUUAAUUAAGUGUUUAAGUUGAUAAAGGAAUCCUAUUAUAUUUAGGAGUCUAAUUCCUUAUCAGAGUUAUUAGGCGUGUGAUAUAGAUAAGUAUAGGAUAUUAUUUAUCUUGAUCCUUAAGAUAAAGAUAAAUAAGUUUAUUUGUUUUACUAGUUCAAGUAGGUUUAGGAAAAUCUUGUACUAUAUAAGGGAUUUUCUGCCAUAAUGAAUAAUUAAGAGAUUGUUUUGAGUUAA